AUUGAAAAGCUGUGCUCCAGGUUUCGCUCAGAAUUCAAGAGGAUGAUAAUGCGUUUCUACUUUCCAAAAGCGGAACUAAGUACGUAAUUUCGCUCUGUAUCAUGCAACAACAGCCAUAUAUAAACUACAUGCCUUACAAUUAAAUUAAGGAUUGAGAAGACUGUAAAACAUCAUGAGUAAACUAACUCAGACUAUAGAGUUUAAGACCGGAAGGGAGGCCACUUGGGACACCAGCAAAAUGGCAGACAUGACUGUAGAGGACAUGACGUUGCGCGCCAACCAAGUUACAGAUGAGUCACUUGAAAGCACCAGGCGAAUGCUACAGAUGGCAGAAGAGAGCCGAGAAACGGGGGUUAAAACAAUGGUCAUGCUAGAUGAGCAAGGAGAGCAACUCAGGCGUGUCGACCAAGGAAUGGAUCAAAUCAAUCAAGACAUGAGGCAGGCCGAGAAGAACAUCACUGAUCUCUCCAAAUGCUGCGGCUUGUGCGUGUGCCCGUGUGACAGAGUGACGUCCAUUGAGAGUGACAACCGGUAUAAGCGCACUUGGGGCAAAGGAAACGACAGCUCCAGCACAGGGGAGAAAGAAGGGGGUGUGGUCUCCAGCCAGCCGAACGCCUUUCGUAAUGGUCAGGCUGUUUCUGGCGGGUCAGCUGGUGCCUCUGGUCCCUACAUCAAAAGAGUCACAAAUGAUGCUCGAGAAGAUGAGAUGGAGGACAAUCUAGAUCAGGUGGGCGGCAUCAUUGGAAAUCUAAAGAAUUUGGCAUUAGACAUGGGAAAUGAGAUCGAAAAACAGAACAAGACCAUUGACUGCAUCACUGAUAAGGCUGAUAUGAAUAAAGCUCGCAUUGAUGAAGCCAACCAGAGAGCCAACAAACUUCUAGUUCUGAACAUAGCGGCAGAGUUAAAAUCCAGCAGGAUGGAGCAAAUCUCAGAACAAAUCAACAGAGUAACAGAUGAGAGCCAUGAGAAGGGGAAAGAAACAAUGAUCAUGUUGGAUAACCAAGGAAAACAGCUGAGUAAUGCAGAAGUGAAUGUGGAUGAGAUGAUGGGAAACGUGAAAAGAGCCGAGAGGAAUCUGAAUGAGUUGUCCAAAUGCUGCUGGUGUUUGUGCUCAUGUAACAGAAUUAGCUCUAUAGAGAAUGACCAGAGAUAUACAAAGGUUUGGGGCACAGAGGAAAGAGAUGCAAAUAUGGUAUCCAGUCAAGUAACUGCUGUACGCAAAGUAGGUGGGGUCACUGUUCAGUCAACAGCCUCUUCAGGCACCUACAUCAAGAGAAAAACAAAUGAUGCUCAAGAAAAAGAGAUUGAGGAGAAUAUAGAGCAGGUCAACAGCAUCAUUGUGGAUCUGAAGGAUAUGGCCAUGGAAAUGAACAAUGAGCUCGACAAACAGAACAAAACCAUCGCCCGCAUCACUGAGAAGGGCUCAGUUCAUCAGUGGUUGUUGAACUCCAUGACAGCAGAUUUCAAAUCCAACUGGAUGGAAGACAUGUCAGAACAGGACGUGGAAAUUAAAAUGAACAAAGUAACAAACAAGUCUCUUGAUAGCACCAGGCAGAUGCUACAGAUGCUGGAACAGAGCCAGGGGAAUGGAAAAACAACAAUGAGCAUGCUGGAUAAGCAAGGACAACAGCUGGGGAAUACAGAAGUGAAUAUGGAUGGGAUCAUGGAAAACGUGAAAACAGCCGAGAGGAAUCUGAAUGAGUUGUCCAAAUGCUGCGGCUGGUGUUUGUGCCCAUGUAACAGACAGAAGUCAAUUAAAACCAACCAGAGAUAUAAGCAGGUUAGAGGCACAGAGAAAAGCGAUGAGGGUGUGGUCUCUAGCCAGGUGACACGGGGAAACACACAAAGGGUCACUGUUCAGUCAACAGCCUCUUCAGGCACUUAUAUCAAGAGAAUCACAAAUGAUGCUCAAGAAAAAGAGAUAGAGGAGAAUCUACAGCAGGUGGGCAGCAUUAUUGGCAAUCUGAAGAACAUGGCCAUUGACAUAAAUAAUGAGCUCGACACACAGAACAAGACCAUUGACAGCAUCACUGACAAGGUUGAAAAAUCUACAGAUCGUGUUGAGGCUGCUACAAAGAAAGCCAAAAAAAUCAUUAAGGAAUAGAAAAGGCCAAUACCAGUAUUUCUUAGGAGUUGGAUGGA